AUGGAGGCUACGGUCGCGCCGCUUCGGGCUUCGAUCGGCCGUACGAAGGAGACACCGGCUCUGUGGCUCGAGAAAAGGAUCCGUGUCUAUUACUCGAGCCUCUACGACUACGGUGCGAGGCAGAAGGACGUCGGGAAGCAAUACUGUGGCAGGAUCAUCGCCAUCGUCCAGUCCAGCGGGACCGGCAAGAGCCGCGCGGUCUGGGAAUUGCGUAGGUUUUGGCCUAGCCUCUCCCUGACCCUGCGAGACCCGGUCCUUGCCGGCGUCCCCGGUGUGCUGCACGGCUUCCCGCCCCUCGACUUGCCGAUCAGGGAGUACUUUGUCCAUUGCGAUCCCUACCGGCCCGACCUCGCCGUCAUCGCGCUGUUCGCGUCCUGGCUGAAGCAGGCCGCGGCCAGCGCCGACACCAGCGCCACCGACAUGUCGGACGUCUUUGCCACGUGGGAGCACAGUUGCUACAGCGCCGAGGAUCGCCGCCUCGAGCCCAGCGCGAAGCGUCAAGAAGCCAUUCGAGCCGUGGCAGCGGGCGCGCGCAAGAUGGCCCAGCGGUACCGCGACGCGCACGCAUCGGAAGCGCUCACCUCGGACAUCGACGAGGCAGCCAGGAUGGUCAAGGUCCUGAUCAGACCUGAGCUAGAUGCACUCGCCGAACAGCUCUUGAGCACCCCCGCAGUCAAAGCAUCCCUGAAGAAGUUCAAAAUGGAGCGACCGCUGGUGCUGCUUGCCGUCGACGGGUGUACACCGCUUGAGAAGAUCGAUGAGCAGAAAGAGCUCAAGCUGGUCCACCUGCGUCGGUGCGUUCAACUCAUCGGGGAGAAGCUCGCCAGCGCCAAGGUCGCCCUCUGGCUGCUCAUGCUCGACACCUCAAGCUCCAUCAGCGGCAUGAUCCCCUCGUCGAGGACCGAGAAGUCGGAUAGGGAGGCCACGAUGCUUGCGCUACCCCCAUGCCUGCUUCGCGGCCACGACACCUUUGUCCAGACGCCCCAAACCGUCUCGAGGCCUAGGGACGCGCUCCAACUCGAUGCUCUGAAGCGGUACGGCCGGCCGCUGUGGGACGGCUGCGAAUCGGAACAGGUUCUCUUCGACGCUCUUGAGAAGCUCUGCCAUGCCGGGGACUCGGUGGAUCGCCACAUGCGGUACGUCACCAACCUGGACGCGGGAAAGAUUGUCACAGCCGCUCCGAGCGAACCGCUCCUUGCUCUGGCGGCCUGGGUCGCUCUCACGUCCGACGAGACCGACCACGAGGCCCUGUGGCGGUACAGCGAGGUCCUCUCUACGCUCGCCAAGUCUUUGGCCCUCGACUCUGCCAUCGCCCUCAAGGGCGUCGAGGGCGAGUUUGCGGUGCCACUACUCCUUACGAUGGCCCGUGAUGCAUGCGACGAGCUGACUCAGGCUCGCAAGACCUUCGCUGAGCAACACGAGAGCGACGGCAAGCUGGAGCAUGUCCCUGCCAUCAGCCUCGCCUCCUUUCUGCCGACUUUGUUGGGGCCCGCCUGCGGUCAUGCGGCGCUCGCACAGCUCGAGCAACUCAUUGACUUCCGGUGCCAGAGGCGAGGUGCAACGGAGCGCAAUUCCGGUGCCGACAAGAACAUGGACGACGACAGCCGCCAAGAAGCCUUCGAGACAGCUGGCUCGGUGCAAAUGGAUCCAAGUGGCGAGCAGUCCGGUGGCAGCGCUGCUUGGCUCAACUUCACGCACAUGGCCAGGCUUGCCAGCAAGGCCUACGCGUUUGGUCCGCGCCUGCUCUGGUAUUGCUGGAAGCGUGGGCUGGCGCUCCAAUGCCACGAGAGCCAGCCGGGGAUCGACGGCGUGAUCCCCGUCUAUCUCGGGUCGCUCGAAGACGCGCUCGACGACGAGGACCAAGCGGCGGGGCAAAUGAGCUACAUUGCCUGGCGGGCCAAGGACAAGGCGAGCCCAUUCUCGGGCACAGACUGCCUGCACGGGCCCCGCAUCGUUCCGCUUUCGGCAACCGAUGCGCGGCAGGGUGCCAGGGAUGAUGCCGAUGCGCGAGCGCCGCUCUUCACGAUGCUCUUCGAUCUCGGCACCGGGGUGGCAUUCAAACGCGCCGAGUCGAUCUCGUCCCACGUCAAGGUGAUGGAGUCAACGACAUGCAGCGCGACGGACUGCAUGCAGGGCAAUGCACCCAUCGUCUCGCUGCGUAUCCGGGGCUGCGAUGCCGCCGUCUUUCCGUUCCUCGGCCAGUUCCAGGCGGCCGAGCAGGUCGCUUCGCUUGUCAAGAAGCCCCAGAUGGCGGGGGAUGGGGCGGAGGUCGAGGAGCCCACGUUUCACGACGGGUGCGGCCUCGUGUACGAUGAAGAUGGAGGCGCCGCGCUGGCAGUGAGCGAGGAGGGCGAUGGACCCGAUGGCUGGGAAGAGUGA